AUGACAACGAUGUUCGUCCAACUGCGCCGCGUGGUGUACCUGUUGGUACUUCUGCAGUGCUGUGUGUGUGUGGCAUAUGCGCAAAGUGGUACUAAAGCUGUGACACCUAUGGAAAAUGAUCCUACAGAGAUUCUCAACGAAAUGAUUAGAGAGAUAGGAUCGCAGAAAUAUAUGUUUUAUGAUAAUCUUCAGUUUUUAAUAUCAGCAGAGAAUGAUUGCAAAAAAGUUUUAAAUCGUGCUAAGAAUGCAACGAAUGAUACGCGUGAAGUUUAUGAGCUUUUGAGGUCCUUAUUGAAAGAAAUACGUAACACUGAAAACGUGAGUAAGGAGGAAAGUGAAUCAAAAGAAUUGUUAAGGAAGGCAGUGGAUGCACAAAGAGAGGCCAAAGAUGCCGCUGACAAGGCGAAGUCGAUAGCUGCAGAAACAACGUAUUCGGUGAGUGUAAUGCAGGAUCGUACAAUGGGAUUGCAAAUACUAGCGGACCGGAUAAAAAAAAUUGCUGAAGAACACAUUCAAAAUGAAAAAGUAAAAAAAUUGGCUGAAGAGUGCAUGCAAAAAGCGGAGGAUCUAAAGGCUCCUCUUGAAGGUGUCAAAGCGGUCAUUGAAAGUGCUCCCAAGGUGGCGGAAGAGACCAAGAGACAGGCGGAAGAAGCCUCCAUUGAAGCAGGUUUUCUUCAAGAAUUAAUUAAUGAAGCUUUCAAACAUUAUCCACAGAUGAAAGAAGAGCUUGAACGAGAACGUAAUGAGGCGGCUCAAACAAACGCCAAUCCAACGAAUACAGAAAGUGGAAGUGAGACACCAAACGAAAAUAAGGAGGUGGACGGUUCACUUCCAAAUAAACAGAAUGAAGAAGAGAUAAAGAACCCGAAUACCAAUUCCGCACAAGCUGAGGCGGGAAGCCAUACAACUGACCAACAGCAGCAGAGUGAACAUGGCUCCGAGGGUCAAAAUAAUGAAGAAAGCAAUGUUGAAACACAAGAAGAAAAUCGAAAUUCUCAGAGCAAUCAUCCUACUGACAGUCAAUCAUCUGCCACUGGAACUUCGCCAUCACAAAAUACGCCAACUAAUUCUCCUUCUACAGAUUCAAUAUCUAUUAAUAUUCCACAGUUAAGUGACAGCAGCAGCAUUCCUGCAUUGGUGCACAGUCCCUUAUUGCUGCUUCUUGUUUGGAUGUGUGUGCUGGGCUGCACUGCGGUGUUCUAA